UUUCUACAUUUUGACUUCAAGAAAUAGAGAGAGAGAGAUAACAAGUAAGUAAGUAAGUGAGAUGGGUUUGUCCGCAUGUAGAUCUGCAGUGACGGCCGCAUCAAGGUCUCUGGUAGCUCGAUCAUCGAAGCCUUCUUUACUAUCAUCAUCAACAACACAGUCUCCAAAAUCAGCAGCGCCUUUUGCUUUACCUUCUUCUUCCAAUAAAUCAAUCGCCUUCUCUGCUUCAAGGGCUGUUUCGGCGGCGAUGGGGAUUGGUGAGUCUAUGAUGCCGCUUCACAGUGCCAUUGCUUCCACUAGACUGAGAUCCAAUAUUGGCGUCAAUUCAGCCUGCUGGAGCUGGCUCUCACAAGGACUCGGCAUACCAUUGUGACAAAGAUUUCCUUGGAUCUAAGAAGAAGAAGAAGAAUACUUUGAUUUCCUCCAUGAUGCAAAUUUGAGAAUCAGAAAAAUGCCUGACCUUAUAAAAUAUAGAACAAACAAGAAGCAUUCAAAUUCAGUACUAUUUUUAGUAGCUUUUCUUGACUCUUGACCUUGUUUUUUUUCCCUACCUAUAUGACUUAAUUUGAUGGGUUGUUGUUGUUGUUGUUAUCAGUUUGACCUGUUUCCAAAUGUAAAAGAUUUUGUUGUCUAAGUUGUGUUAACCAGCAUGGUCAAUUCUAAUCUCUAUUGAUUGUUUUCAGUUA